ACGUCACAUUCCUGCGUCCUGUUUAUAUGCGACACUGGAUCAUGGCGCUGUUUCCAGCGUUUGCAGAAGAGGCGAGCAGCAACGUUAAAGAUUCCGCCAAAGAAUUAGAUUGGCUGAAGAAUAAGAGUUUUCAGACUGGAGAUGCCCUCUCUCUCCACAGUCGAUUUCUAGAGAAGACCAGUGAGGAGGAAAACAAGUGGGAAGCAAGCGUUAGCAGAGAUGUCAGCUCUGAAGACGAGGGACAGGACAGUGUGGCAUCCAGAAAGAAGAAAAAGAAAAAGAAACAGAAGAAAAAGCACAAAAAGAAGAGUGGGAGGUAUUCGCACAGCAGCGGAUCUGACUCUGAAACCAUCUACCCGAGUGAUCUCAAAAAGGAACAAGAGGCCGAAAGGCAGGAGGCUCCUCAGUUAGCGAGCCGUUUCUCCUGGUUGGAUGACCUCCAGUUGCCGACAGAGCAGCCGUUUUGUGUGGAUCGAAAACCAGACCCCGCCAACUGGACUUACAAGUCUCUGUACAGAGGAGACGUAGCCAGAUAUAAGAGGAAAGGCAGCUCGGCCCUGGGUCUGGAGUCUCACAGGCAGGGAGUCAGCUGGGAGGAUUCAGAGACUACCAACAAGAAGAAGAAGGGCGGGGACAGUAAGAAAGCAGCGGACAGAUACUACUCUACAGUCAAUCGACAGCUGCUGAAGUCAGCGCCUCCUCUUCCUGCAUUACCUGCAACUCCUGAUGGUAGCGAUGCCACCACCUCUGCAUUCUUCCUCCCUCUGGGUGAUGAUGAGGCAGAAAAUAGAGGAGAGAAAGGUGACAGGGGCCAGAGAUCGUUGGUGAAUCCCCUCGGUGUGUACGACUCCUCGACUGCCCUCUGGCUACAGGGAAAAGGACAGCAGGACCAGCAAAAGGAGGGUGCUCACACGGUAGAGGGCACUGCCCUUUUGGGUGGGAGGACUGAAGAGUUUAACAGGCGGCUGAGAGAGCAGCCAGCAGACACACAGCUGUGGAUAGAGUUCAUACGAUACCAGGAUGAGGCGAGUGCGGCUGUGUUCAGAGGUGAGGAGGAGCAGCAGGGCAGUGAUGCUGUAGGGCACCGCAAGUCUUCCCACAGGGCUGUGCUGGAGAAAAAGCUAAGCAUCGCAGAUCGUGCCGUGGCCACCAACCCCCUCUGCAUAGCUCUGCAGCUUGAGAGGCUGCGAAUCUGCCAGGAGCUCUGGGAGCCCCCAGCUCUGGCUAAAGAGUGGAAGAAACUGGUGUUUCUCCACCCAAACAGCACCCCUUUGUGGAGGGAGUAUCUGCUCUUCACCCAGAGCUACUUCAGCAACUUCACUGUGUCCAAGGUCAACUCUGCGUACAGCAAGUGUUUGAGCACGCUCAGUGCUGUGCGAGACGGCAGCAUGGUGUCUCAUCCGUCUCUGCCAGGAACAGAGGAGGAUAUGUUGGAUAUCUUCACCCAGCAGUGUCACUUCCUGCGUCAGUGUGGUCACUCAGAGAAGGCGAUUGCACUGUUUCAGGCCAUGAUCGACUUUACUUUUUUCAAGCCUGACAGUGUGCGAGAACUGUCCACUAAGCAGCAGGUCGAGUUCUUUGAGCCGUUCUGGGACAGUGGGGAGGCCAGAGUUGGGGAGCUUGGCGCCAGAGGUUGGAAAGCGUGGAUGCUUCAGCAAGAGCGAGGAGGUUGGCUACAGCCCACUCCAGAGGAAGAAGAAGAAGAGGAAGAGGAUGAAGAGGAGGUGAAGGACAAGACCCAGCCCAGAGGAACCAUCUGGCUGGAUGUGGAGUCAUCUCGUGAAGCCACACACUGGUUGCCCUGGAGGCCUGACAAAGCCAAGAGCCAAUCAGAAGAGGACUGUGAGGACCCUGACAGACAGGUGUUGUUUGAUGACAUUGGCCCAUCCCUGAUUUGUUUGUCUUCGCCAGAGCUCCAGCUCCGUCUGUUUCUACGUUUCUUGUCCUUUCUGGGUCUGCCUGUGGACUCUGUGCUCUCUGCUUCCCCGUGUCAGCCUGGAUUGCUGCUGGAGAACCUCUCUCUGCUCACUCAGGGUAAUGAUCCCCAUCAUCCUCUGACCUCCUACGACCUACCUGAUGCUGGGGUUAACUCUAUAGGUCACAUGACAACUCUCCAGGGAACAAGAAAGUGGGUGGGGCUCGGGAAACAGGGCGAAAAGUUCCUCACCAACGUGUUUAGUAUGCUUCAGCCUGUGCUUCCUCGCCACCACCGAGCCUUUCAGUCACUCAGCUGGAUCCGGUACGAGAAACUCAAGGUCUUGCGCUGCUUGCGCAGCGGGAAUAAAAAGCGUCUUCGCUCUCAGGGGAAGAGCAGCAAGCGGGUCACCAAGCAGCUGCUCAAAGAACCAGACAACCGCUCAUCAUUGGUGUUGUGGCGGGAGUACGCCCACCUGGAAUGGCUGCUGGGCAACCUGGAUGAGGCCCGCAAAGUGUUCUCCACAGCGAUGGCGAUGGCAGGAACCAAAGGGCUGAGCAGCUUCGCUCUGUGUGAUCUGUGCCUGAUGUGGUCCCAGCUGGAGGUGGAGGACGUCGAGAAAGGGCGACAGGGGCAACCGAUCGAUGUAACGGCGUCCCCGGCUGUGUGUGUACUGACCCAGCUAGCAGAAGGAACCUCCUCAUUCAGUUCAUCUUCCCCCUCCCCGGUUUCCAUCUUAAAAGCCAGAAAAUCCUAUGAACAGGCUCUGGCCAUCAGCUUAUCAGCCCUGGACCAAAACAGUAAAGCUUCAGCUCAAGACGACCUGACGGGAGAGAAGCUGAUGGUGAGAGGUCUGGUCGGCUGCUAUGCUCUUUUUCAGUACCUCACGGUUAGCAUCCAAGCAGCCAACGCUGUCUACGCCCUGGUCAGAGAGAAGAUGGAGGAAGUGCACCGCACGCUGACUGAAGCUGAUUCAAAUGGGCCCUGUGUCAGCAGGCUAGUUUCUGAGUGUGAGGUGUUGGCGGUGCAGCAGGCGGCAUUGCUCAGGUACCACAACAACGUCGCUGUGUUUCCUCUAGUGACACUGAGACAAACACUGACAUCAGCCCUCCCGGUCUGCCCCACCAGCACCCCUCUCUGGAGCAUUUAUGUACAGGUGGAGAACCGUUACCAUAGCGCUGGACGGGCGCGGCGCUUUUUUCACUCUGUAACGAGAGUCUGCAGCAACGUGAUGCCGCGGCUCUUUGCCAUCGUCGCUGAACAGCAAAGGAAGCAGCUGGUGGACGCAGCUCAGCGAUCCUGUUGCCAUGAUGACUCCUUACCCAUCCUGCCGGAGAACGGCCUCAGCAACCGCAUCCGCGGACUCUUCGAAAAUGCCAUAGCAACAGAGACGGGUGCUCACUGUCCUUUACUUUGGAGAAUGUACAUCCACUUCCUGGUGUCUGAAGGAAAGGUGGAUAAAGCCAAAGGGAUCUUCUACAAGGCCUUACAAAAUAUCCCCUGGGCUAAGGGUUUGUAUAUGGAUGCAGUGCAGCUGUUUCCCGAUCAUCUGCAGGAGUUUGUGGACCUGAUGACAGAGAAAGAACUGCGAGUGCGGCUGCCUUUAGAAGAACUGGAUAUACUGCUGGAAGACUGAACACACACACACACUCUAUUCGAGUGUGUGUGUGCGCCUUCAUAUUGACAGACUUGAUGAAAAGGACGCACACAAAGGCAAACUCAGCACAUACAAGGCUGCGGUAUUGAACUGCUGCAAUGACCUGAGGAUGGGCAAAGAGUUAUUUUUGUAUACAGUGACUCAAAAUGCUUUAAUUAUCACAGCAAACCACUAAAACUGUGCUUUAGUACUUGAUUUUGUCAAUAAAUAUAAGACUAAUUUAUGUAACAGGCCUGUUUUCUGUUAAAUAUGACAUAAAAUGUACUCUUUAUGCCAGAAGUUGUUACAGUCCUUCGUGUGCUCCCCAUCUCCUCCUAGAGUGGACCAAUCAUGGUCAAACUUUGCACAAAUAUUGCCUAGGGCUCUGUGAGUGCCAACAUUUAUAUGGAGUAUACA